AUGUUUUAACCCGGAAGUGGAGGACACUAUUGAGCAGCUAGUUAGUGCUGUCGCUCGAGUACUAACUCUUUCUUUCUAUAUUAUUGAGCUGGAAGAUGUGUCACUGCAGUGCUUGAAAAUGAAAACUUGCAUGUGAAAUUGUUUUAAAGAAAGGCUUGCUAACAUUUGGAGUUUGGAUCCAUCUGGAUGUUGAGUGUGCGGACUCUGUUUGGAAUCGGCUUCUUGGUCACCUCAAGGGCCACGUCGAUCCUUGCUCAGACAGGGACGUGUCCGCUGCCCGCUGCAGCUAACAACCACAAGAAGGACUGUUUUAGUAGCAGACCAGCCUCCACCAUGGCCCAGACAAUCAAAUAUCUUGGGCAGGAGGAGGCGCAGCACAUUGACGAGGAGCUCUUCACUGAGUACGGCUUCAGUGUGGACCAGCUGAUGGAGCUGGCUGGACUCAGCUGUGCCACAGCCAUUGGCAAGGCGUAUCCACUGACUUCCCUGGUCAAGGCCAGACCUUCUCUGCUGGUGAUUUGUGGACCAGGUAACAACGGAGGCGAUGGCCUGGUCUGUGCCCGACACCUCAAACUCUUUGGUUACGAACCUACCAUCUUGUACCCGAAGAGGCCAAACAAACCUCUGUUCCAGGGCCUGACCACACAGUGCCAGAAAAUGGAGAUCCCCUUCCUGACUGAGAUGCCUGAGGCUAAGGUGAUUGACGAGGCUUACAACCUGGUGAUUGAUGCCAUCUUUGGCUUCAGCUUUAAGGGGGCUGUGCGAGAGCCUUUUGGUUCCAUCCUAGACGUGCUGAAGAAGACGACUGCCCCCAUAGCCAGCAUCGACAUCCCAUCAGGUUGGGAUGUAGAGAAGGGCAGUGCAGAUGGCCUUCAGCCUGACACGCUCAUCUCUCUCACUGCUCCCAAGAAGUCUGCCUCCUUGUUCCGAGGACGAUACCACUUCCUGGGAGGCCGGUUUGUGCCACCGGGCCUAGAGAGGAAGUACCAGCUCAACCUGCCUCAGUAUCCUGGCCUGGACUGUGUGUUACAACUGUAGGGGAUGUACUGAAGGUUUGAUGAGAGGAAGGGUGUUGUCUGUAAAGGAAUAGUUUUAUCA